AUCAAAAGAAAAGGGAAAUGGCUUUUCUGUCUGCUUCAACCAAAGCGUUAAUAUCGAAUUCAGUUCUUUUUCACCAUCAAAAUCGGAGCUUUUUGCCUCCCCAUCAGAAACCAACGCAAUUAUCCUUCUCUUCCUCUUCUACUGGAUUUGGGACGAUUAGCAUUGCCUUCGAGAGGAAAGGGCGGCCAUCCUUGGUGGGAACAGCAGCUGUUAGGCACUUGGAAGGGUCAGUUACCAGAACUGAGGGACUUCGCUUUGCAGUGGUCGUGGCCCGGUUCAAUGAGAUUAUUACAAGGCCACUUUUAGAGGGAGCUGUUGCAACUUUCAAGAAAUAUUCAGUCAAAGAAGACAUUGAUGUUGUGUGGGUUCCCGGUAGUUUUGAAAUAGGCAUUGUUGCAGAAAGGCUAGGCAAGUCGGGAAAAUAUAAUGCGGUUGUGUGCAUUGGAGCUGUGGUAAGAGGUGAUACUACUCACUAUGAUGCUGUCGCUAAUUCAGCAGCAUCUGGAGUCCUUUCUGCUGGUUUAAAGUCAGGGGUUCCAUGUGUAUUUGGUGUUCUGACAUGCGAGGACAUGGAACAGGCGAUAAAUCGAGCUGGUGGAAAAUCGGGGAAUAAGGGUGCUGAGGCUGCUCUGACAGCAAUUGAGAUGGCAUCCUUGUUUGAGCACCAUCUAAAGUAAUGGUACUGUCGCUUUGAGGAGAGUUUAUCAAAUCCUUUAUACCCAGUAUCAUCUUGUCCUGGGAAUGACUGAACUUGUAUUUUCAUUUUCUUCGAAACUGCUAGAAUUUUUUGAGAAUUUGAUGAGACAACAAAUGGGCAGCCUCAACAUCUCAGAUGAUAGUCAGCCAUUUGUCUAUUGCAAUUAUUUUCCUUAAUUCAUGAAAUUGCAUAGGCAAUGGAAGAGACAUCACAGAACUAUGUUAACUGCUCACAUAUCUUGACAUGUCAAAUGAAUAUGAAUAGAUAGAACUACCUAAGUUUGACAAGAAAUGCCUUAAAGCUAUUUCUGGAAAGAAAGAUGAACGAAAGGAUUAUUUAUUAUUC